CGUAGAAGAAGAAGAGACGCGGAAGUAGAGCAGGAUAAACAGCCCUGUGGUCCUGCUGUGGGUCCGGGUCCAGUUAUGGAGAGUCCGGAGCUGAGUUUUUCCCUGGCCUACAUUGUGUUCUGUCUCUGCUUCGUGUUCACUCCCACAGAGUUCCGGUCUGCAGGUCUCACCAUCCAGAACCUGUUCAGUUCCUGGCUCGGGAGUGAGGAUGUGGACUUCACUUCGUACCACGUCCGCAGGACCAGCGUCACCGUGCUGGUUCACUCCGCCCUGCCUCUGGGGUACUACAUGGGCAUGUGUCUCGCUGCUCCUGAGAAAAACCUGACAUAUAUCAACCAGGUGAGUGGCUUUUGGAGGACGUUCCUGCUCGUCUCUCUCGGCCUCCAGCUGCUCGGCUGGAUACUCGUCAUUUAUUGGUCCCGCCGUAACUGGACCUAUCAUCCAAUUAGCCGGGUCCUGCAGGCCCACGUCCAGCCCCCCUACUCCAACUGGGGCAACGUGGCCUCCAGCGUCAACACCGAGUUUAGACGCAUCGACAAGUUUGCUACAGGAGCUCCGGGAGCCCGGGUCAUCAUCACCGACAGCUGGGUGCUGAAGGUGACCACCUAUCAUCUGUACAUGGCCCUGCAGUCAGAUUGUCAUGUGACCGUGACAGAGUCCAGACAGCACCAGCUGAAUCCAGACUCCCCCUCCCCCACACAGAUCCUCACCCUGAGAGUGGAAAGCAUCAACCCUGCUGCCAAGGCCUUCUACAUCAGUGUGAACUCCACAGAGUACUCUGAGCUCAGGGAGAAGCUCCACGCUCCCAUCAGGAGCUCUGCUAACGUGGUGAUCCAUCAGACCAUCAGUGAGCUGUUCCUGGACACCUUCAGGGCUCAGGUGGAGCUCAACCCCCCGUACACACUGCCCAGUGGACAGGAACUGGAGCCAUGUAUUGGCUGUAUGCAGGUUCCUGCUAACAGCAAGUUGGUCACACUGUGCAACACCGAAGACUUGGACUCGGACUGUCAGCGGUGUUUCUGCAGACCCAUGUGGUGUCUAUCCUGUCUUGGUCGGUGGUUUGCGAGUCGUCAGGACCAGCAGAGACCUGAGACCUGGCUGUCCAGUCAAGUCCCUUGUCCCACCUGCAGAGCCCGGUUCUGUAUCCUGGAUGUGUGUGUGGUGACACGCUGACCCACACACACAUGAGGAGGAGGAGGAGGAGGAGGACUGAAUGAAGCGGCCCUCAGACGGCUGUGAGCCUGUCAGGAGGAGUUGAUGCUGAAUCAGCGGUGGUCCAGACUCUGUGUAUUUACACUCUGUACUUAACCUUCAGGUCCUGCAGACAGAGACAAAGGGACCGGAGCUCAGAGAGGCUCUCAGACUGGGACUCCUCUCUGAAGGUGUGUGUUCUCCAGAAACUGAAAUAGAUAAUAUAUAAACACAAACCAGGAGCUUUAACUGAAGAUAAUCAAAGUGUGACCCUCACAGAGAAAAGCUGUUCAAACAUGAGGACAGUGGUUUCAUAUUUACUGCAGUUUAUCUUAAAGGACGUAUUUACUCUUCAUCAGUGUUAUUAAACAUGAUCCACUCUCAGUGA